AUGGCCUUGGCCUUCGGGGGGUUGCUCCAGUUGGCCCGGCCCAUGGGCGUCAUCACCACUGCCUCCUUGGUGACCUCCAGGAAGGGCUGCAUCAGCGCCACCGCCGCGUUGUUCACCAGCAGGUCCACGGGGCCCACGCCACCCAGCGCCCGCUCCGUGGCCUCCCAGUCGCCCAGGUCCACGCACACGGGCUCUACCCCGGGGCACUGCGGAGCGUCGUCUUUCUCCCGCCUAGUCGGCGGCCCACGAAGGCAGCGCGCCGGGGAGGGGGUGCUACGGUCCUUGGUGAGUCCCAGCGCCCGACGCCUGCACGUCCCGGCCCGCCCCCGGCCCUGCCCGCUGCCCACUUUGCUGGGGCAGGGCGGCGCCUACCUCGCGGACCAAGCUAUCCAAGUCGGCCUGGGUCCGGCUCACGGCCACCACCUGCGCACCCGCCGCGUGCAACGCCUGGACCGUGCUGCGCCCAAUGCCUGCGGGGAGCUCGGCUCAGUACGCGCGCGCCUCCCCGGCGGCCCCCUCGGCCCACCUUUGCCUGUCCCGGGCCGCCGCCUCGGACCCACCUUUGCCCGCCCCGGUGACGAGCGCCCGGCGCCCCGCAAGCCCCAACUCCAUGAGGCCUGGGCCCGCUCUGGGCGCUGCGUCCGCCCAACCGAGUGCCAGGGUUCGGCUGUGCGCAGGGGUCCGCGCGAGGCGAGGGGCGGGACUCGGCGGCCCAAUCGCAGGCGGUGUCCUGGCGGGGGCGGGGACAUGGAAAUAGCGGCCUCCCCGCCGGGGCGAUUGGCCGGAAGAAGUGGGCGCGGCAGGGCGGAGCCAGCGGGAUCCCCGCUCGACCCCCGACGUUUUUCAAGCAGCCAGGUGGCAACCCUCAAGCCGGGCGUGAAAAUGGUUCCGCGGGUCCCGCUAGCGUUUUUCCCCUGCCAAGGAGAUUAUUAUAAAAAAGCAGAUGUGCAAGCUAAUACCAGCAAGAGCGUAGCAAAACGUGACACGGAGAACUCAGUGCCAACACGGUUUGCUUUGUUUCUGAAAAGAACGGUUCGGCAAAAAGAAUCUCAGGCUCCCCUUCCCCCCGCCCCCAGACCUGGGAGGCGCUCUCGCCGGCUCCCUUGCGGUGCUGGGGGCCAGAGUCUGGACAACCCAGUAAGCCUGAAGAAGAGGCCAAGGCCAGCAAAGGAAUCGCAACCUUUCAGCUCGAAGGCGGGGUCAGCGGUGGAUCCGGCUAGCUUCCAAUCUCUGUCCCCCUUACUUCUUGGAAGUAGAACUGUGAUCGCAAUUCCUGCGGUGGCCCAACAGGAUCGGCAGCAUCUCUGCAGCAUCAGGACACAGGUUCGAUCCCUGGCCCGGCAUGGCGGUUACAGGCUCUGGCGUUGCUGCAGCUGUAGUGUAGGUCACAGCUGUGGCUCAGGUCUGGCCCAGAACUGCACAUGCUUUGGGGUGGCCGAAACCCUCCCCCGUUAUCUCAAGGACAGCAAUUUCCUAGCAAAUCGUGGGACCGGGACGUGGUUGUGGGGUCCCCUGAACCUGGCCUCAGACCGCUGUUUACUGGGCACCCACGGGACAAACCCCACCGUUGCUGUGGCUCCACCUGAGGAAGCCGGGGCGGCGCUCAGGCUCAGGCCCAUGGAGGCCGCCUCCUGGAUCCUGGCUCUUGGAUGCUGUGACCGUGGCCAGGACAAGUCCCCCAGGCUCACUGGGGCUUGGCAGAGAGCAGCCAAGUGUGCGGGGCCCUAACUUCGCCACUGCACCUGCCCGCUGUUUUGGACGGAAACAGCUAUGACCACAACCCUCCUGCCCCCUGAGUCCGCAGGGAUGGUGACAUCGCCUGUCCUCUGGCCAGGUGGCCUGCUCCCCCCUCUUCUCUGCAGACCCUCGGCGCCCCUCCCCCGUCUCGGCCCGGGGCGCCCCGCCCAGCACACACGGGCUUUCUGCCUCCAACCCCAGCCCUUCUGACGCCCCACACCCUCGGGAGUGACCCGGUGACCUUCCCUUCCCCAGCCGCUGGGCCCUUCUGCACCAAGGAAUUUUCUGCAACAAAAGCAACUUGUAUUCCUUCUCCCUCCUUAACACAGAGGCAUCAGAAACCAAA